UUUGUAAAUAAAUUAAGCAAUAGCAAUAAGGAUUUAACAACUAUUGAGCCUAAAACUCAUAAAUACUCAUAUAUACGCCAUUAUAUCAAUAUUAUAAUUGGUUGUAAAAAUAUUAAGCAGUUUUAAAAACAUUUUGUGUUGACUUUUAGUUCAACGACUACGUACAUUACUCGUGUCGUCUACCGUCUGCUAUACAACAUCUUACUAUUAUAACAGCAACCAUAAAAUGUCGUCAAAACAUGUAAGCAGAUACCGAGAUGACUCUCGUGGAAGAUCAGUCGAGCGUCGACGUGAUACUUUACAGCGACAUAAAGAUAGAUCCAAAUCUAGGAGUCCUAAAAGAAAGCAAAAGUCUCUAAGCAGAGAGAGGAAAGAUUCUAAACACAAGAAGAGUAAAAAGAAGAAGAAAAGAGCACACAGCAGUAGCUCAUCGAGUAGUAGUGACAGUGAUGAGGAGGAAUUAAAACUGCUGCAGAGAUUAGAAGCAGAACGACAUAGAUUAAAAGAAGAAAGGAAGAAGCAAAAGGAAAUGUUGAAAGCUAAUGAAACACCAGAAGAAAAAAGAGCUAGAAGACUUCAGGAAAAACAGGAGAAGGAACGCAAGAGGCGCGAGCGUAUGGGCUGGGACAAUGAGUAUCAGUGCUACACCAACCAGGAUAACCCAUUUGGAGACUCGGCACUCACACAUACAUUUGUAUGGACAAAAAAACUUGCAAAGGAAGGUGUUAAGAAUGUUUCACACGAUGAGCUUGAAGCAUUAAAUAGACAAAAGCAGAUGGAAAAUAAGAUAGAGCUAGAAAAGGUGAAGCAGCGUCGGCUGGAGCGCGAGGCGGAGCGCGCGGCGCGCGAGGCGGAGGCGUCGGAGGCGGCGCGCGCGCGCGAGGCGGCGCAGUUCCACAGCUGGGCGCGCCACGAGGACGCCUUCCACCUGCACCAGGCGCGCCUGCGCUCGCAGAUACGCAUCCGCGACGGCCGAGCGAAGCCAAUCGAUCUGCUGGCUUGGUACGUGAGCUCCGAGCAAUGCGUCGACGCGUUAGAGAUGCACGAGCCGUACACUUAUCUCAAUGGAUUGAACGCGCAGGACUUGGAGGACCUACUCGAAGACAUCAAGGUGUACAAAGAGUUGGAGCAGAACGCGAAUCAGGCGUACUGGGAGGACGUACAGACCAUCGUGGUGGACGAGCUGAGCAAGCUGCGGCGGCUGGCGGCGCCCGGCGCGCGGCGCGACGGCGUGCACCAGGCCGUGGCCGAGGACGUCACGCAGAUAUUCAAGGGCAAAACCGGAGUGCAGCUGGAGGCCCUACGUGCUCAGAUCGAGCGCAAGAUGAGCGCGCGGCGUGACGGCGUCGACGUGCCCUACUGGGAGAGUCUGCUCAGCCAGCUCAAAGCGCACAUGGCCCGAGCUCGCUUGCGCGACCGUCACCAGCAGAACCUGCGCCGCAAGCUGCAGCUGCUCAAGCGCGAGCAGGGCGUGCAGCCCGCCGCCGACGUCGCCGCGCAGCACGACGCGCCCCACGAACGGCGAUCCAAGUCCCCGGAGGCCGCGGAGGCGCAGGAGUCGCAGUCGGAGUCGGAGCGCGAGGAGGAGGAGGAGUCGAGCGCGGGCCGGCUGCAGUACGCGAGCGGCGGGUACUCGCCCGUGUACCUGAGCGCCGGGGCGCUGGAGCCCGGCACGCUGGUGACGGAGGCGGCCGAGGACGAGCAGCGCCUCGCCUUCCUGCGCGCGCGCCUGCACGCCGCCAGCGCCGCCGACCACCACGCCGCGGCGCUGGCGGCCGCCAGUGCGCCGGCGCCGGGCGGCAGCGGCGCGACGGGCGCGGCGCUGGAGGCCACGGCGCGCCGCUCCAUGGCGGGGGAGGGCGGCGCGGAGGGCGAGGGCGCGCAGUUCAGCGUGGAGCACGCGUUGCCCGACCAGCCCUACCUGUGGGCCGACAAGUACCGUCCGCGCAAACCCAGAUAUUUCAACAGAGUACACACGGGCUUCGAAUGGAACAAAUACAACCAGACUCAUUACGACAUGGACAAUCCGCCGCCGAAGAUCGUGCAGGGAUACAAGUUCAAUAUCUUCUACCCGGAUCUAAUCGACAAGAAUGCGACGCCCGAAUUUUCUCUCAAACCGUGUGCCGAUAACCCUGAGUUCGCGGUACUGCGGUUCCACGCAGGUCCACCAUACGAGGACAUCGCUUUCAAGAUCGUCAACCGUGAAUGGGAGUACUCGUACAAGCGCGGCUUCCGCUGCCACUUCCACAACAACAUCUUUCAACUCUGGUUCCACUUCAAGAGAUACAGAUACAGACGCUGAAUUAUACUGUUUGUAACACAA